GGGUGUCUCGAAUGCGUGCUUGCUCGCCUGUUGUUUUUCGCCGCCAGUUUUCGAUCAAAACGUGAAUAUAUUCCUCAAGAAAGAAACUGUGCUUCAAAAUUCAGCGACCCUGAAUAAGAAGAAUGGACGGCGAUCUUUACGACGAGUUCGGAAACUACAUCGGACCCGAUUUGGAUUCUUCUGAGGAGGAAGAAGAAGAACAGGAUGAUGAGGAUCAGGACGACGGUGACAACGAUGAAGUCGGCAAAGGAGAUGUCGACGACGAGCCAGAGGAGUCAAUGCAAGUUGUACUCCAUGAAGACAAAAAGUAUUAUCCCAGUGCGCUCGAAGUGUACGGCGAGGACGUCGAGACCAUCGUUCAAGAAGAAGACGCUCAGCCCUUGACUGAGCCCAUCAUUCAACCUGUCAAACAGAGAAAGUUCGCACAUACCGAGAAAGACCUUCCUGAAACGACGUACGACCUCGAGUUCCUCGCCGACUUGAUGGACUCUCCCGAAUUGGUCAGGAACAUCGCUCUUGUUGGUCAUCUCCACCACGGCAGAACUACGUUCGUUGAUUGCCUCAUCGAGCGAACUCAUCCGGACUUCCGGGCCAGGGAGGGCAAGAGCUUGCGCUUCACCGACGCGCUCUACACCGAACAAGAGCGCGGUGUGAGCAUCAAGAGCUCCCCCGUCUCGCUGGUGUUGCAGGAUUUGAAAACAAAAUCGUUCCUUAUGAACAUCUUCGACACUCCCGGUCACGUAAAUUUCUCGGACGAAGCCACAGCUGCGCUGAGACUGUGCGAUGGAGCCGUCUUGUUCGUCGACGCUGCGCAAGGAGUAUGUCUCCAAACUGAACAGAUCCUCAAGCACUGUAUCCAAGAACGGGUCAAAGUGCUGCUGUGUAUCAACAAAAUCGAUCGACUCGUGCUCGAAUUGAAACUACCGCCGACGGACGCGUAUUACAAAUUGAGAAACAUCCUCGACGAGGUGAACUCUCUGAUCAUGUUGUACUCCGAGGAACCGGAAGCCAUGCUCCUGAACCCUCUGCUCGGUAACGUGUGCUUCGCGUCUUCACAAUACGAUCUCUGUUUCACGCUGAAAUCUUUCGCAAAAAUGUACGAGGAGACAUACGGCGGAAUGGAUUAUAAAGAACUCGCGAGACGGCUCUGGGGAGACAUGUACUUCAGCAGCAAAACACGCAAAUUCAGUCGCAAACCUCUGCACGGAUCGGCGCAGAGGUCAUUUGUGGAGUUCGUUCUCGAACCUCUCUACAAACUUUUCGCGCAGGUCGUCGGAGACGUCGACGUGAACCUCCCUGGUCUUCUGGACGAGCUGGGAAUUCGAAUUUCUAAAACCGAAAUGAAAAUGAAUAUCAAACCUCUCUUGCGCUUGGUCUGCUCGAGGUUCAUGAGAGAUAAUUUCGCGGGAUUCGUUGACAUGAUCGUCGAGCACGUACCCCCACCAAACCAAGUUUCAGAACUGAGAGCUCAGCAGAUCUUCAGCGGACCCGUCGUGACGAAAACAGAAGACUCGAGGCUCGGUGCCAGCAUCCUGAACUGCGACCCCGAUGGUCCUCUGCUCCUGCAUACGACCAAACAGUAUCCGUCUAACGACGCGAUAAGCUUCAACGUUUUCGGCCGAAUUUUCUCAGGCAGCAUAUAUUCUGGUCAGCAGGUGAAAAUCCUCGGCGAGAACUAUUCACAGCUCGAUGAAGAAGACUCCAGAAUCAUGACAGUUGGACGGCUGUGGAUCUACGAGAGCCGUUACCAGAUCGAAGUGAAUAGGGUGGCGGCCGGCAACUGGGUUCUCAUCGAGGGAAUUGAAGCUUCAAUCGUGAAAACGGCGACCAUCGUCGACCCGAAAUUCAAAUACCCGCUACAUAUAUUCCGACCGCUGAGAUUCAUCACGAAAAGCGUCUGUAAAAUCGCUGUCGAACCCGUCAACCCGUCGGAACUUCCGAAAAUGUUGGACGGUCUCAGAAAAAUCAACAAGAGCUACCCGUUAGUCACCACGAAAGUCGAAGAAAGCGGAGAACACGUCAUCUUCGGCACGGGUGAACUGUACCUCGACUGCGUGAUGCAUGAUCUGCGGAGAAUGUAUUCAGAAAUCGACAUCAAAGUCGCCGAUCCGGUGGUGGCGUUCUGUGAGACGGUCGUUGAAACGUCGUCUUUGAAAUGUUUCGCUGAAACUCCGAACAAAAAGAACAAAUUGACGAUGAUAGCCGAACCGCUCGAGAAAGGAAUCGCAGAAGAUAUCGAAAAUCAAGUUGUUGAAAUGGACUGGGAUCGUCGUCGUUUGGGAGAGUUCUUCCAACACAAGUACGAUUGGGAUCUGCUGGCGGCGCGAUCCAUCUGGGCGUUCGGGCCGGAUUCCCAAGGUCCGAACAUCCUCGUCGACGACACGCUGCCUUCAGAAGUGGACAAAACGCGUUUGUCGUCUGUGAAAGACAGCAUAGUUCAAGGUUUCCAAUGGGCUGUGAGAGAAGGUCCGUUGUGUGAAGAACCCAUCCGGAACUGCAAGUUCAAGCUCCUAGACGCUGUCGUGGCGUCGGAGAGCAUCCAUCGAGGCGGAGGUCAAGUCAUUCCAACGGCCAGAAGAGUGGCCUAUUCCGCCUUCCUGCUUGCAACGCCCCGACUCAUGGAGCCUUACAAUUACGUGGAGAUCCAGGCCGCCGCCGAUUGCGUCUCGGCGGCUUACACCGUCAUCACGAGACGUCGUGGUCAUGUGACGCAGGACGCACCCUUGCCGGGAUCCCCGUUGUACUCCAUCAAGGCCUUUCUUCCCGCGAUCGACAGUUUCGGCUUCGAAACGGAUCUGCGGACGCAUACUCAAGGCCAGGCUUUCUGUUUGUCGAUGUUCCAUCAUUGGCAGAUUGUUCCCGGCGAUCCCCUCGAUAAAAGUGUGGUGAUCCGACCUCUCGAAAUCCAGCAGGGAGGCAGCUUGGCGAGAGAGUUCAUGAUUAAAACUCGGCGGAGAAAAGGUCUAUCCGAAGAUGUUUCCAUCAACAAGUUCUUCGACGAUCCUAUGCUUCUCGAGCUGGCACGUCAAGAUGUAAUUCUUAACUAUCCCAUGUAAAAACAAAUUCCCCAUCAGUACUUGUGUUACGGCUCGAGUUCACCCUUAGCUGGACAGUCUCACGCUAUCGCUGCGUAGCAUGACCUUGUACAUCUUCAUAAAUAAAACAAAUCAUUCUAUAA